GUGCACACCGCUUCAAGGUUGACAAGGUAGAGAGAGUCCAACAGUACGCACAGGAGCGUGGUCUCGAUGUCCUGCGGUCUUGGUGCGAUGAGUGGCAAGGCGGAGUGUCCUUCACAGGGCAUGGGCGAGGGAGAGGAUACCCCAUGUUCUGCGGAGGGAGGUGUUGCGAGAGAUGGGGAGGGUGGGGGUGCCGCGGAGGAGGACGAGAUGGACAUCGACCUCGAGGUUGGUGUGGUAGAGGGGGAGCGUACGCUGAGGGGAGAGGGCGGCGUGCCCGAGUUCGAUUCGGUGACUCGUAAGAGGACAGUGGACUGGGAGCGGAGCUGGGGGAAGAAGGUCAUCCCGCCUGAGACAGCAUGCACGCCGGGUUUUUCGAAAACUCCUGUUCCUGAGACAACAUGCACGUCGGGUUCUUCAAAGAGGAAGGACGGGGGUGCACAUCUUUCUUCCGCCAAGGCCGGGAAGAGGUUGUGGCAGCAGAAGGUUGCUCUUCAACAUCUUGGUGGAGGACCUCUUCCCGUGCUUCCCUCCCACAGCAAGAUCGCAAGCAUGCGAGCUAUGGAGAUCCACCGCGCGGGGUUGGCGAAGGAGUUUGAGGAGGUGAGGCAGCUAUUAUGGGCCCGUAUACAGCACAUGAUGGAACCUGCACACUGCGCGGAGUUCUUACCGAACCCCCGUCGCCAGGAUGUUCAGUACUUCUCCGCGCAGCUCGACGAGUACCACACUUGGCUUGUUCGACAAGCCAAGAGGUAUCUGUUAUCUCAGACGGGCUUCGACGAGUCGGGUGCUCGUUACCUUGAGAUACGUCCUCCAUUGCAGCGAGACGAGGGUACGCUUGGCGCUCAGGCGGGAUUGGAGGUGGAGCCUGUGCGGUCGGGGACGAGGAGUGGGAUGGCGGAGGAGGAGAUCGAGGAGGAGGCUGCCCUCAUUAUGCGCGAUCCCAUAGGGUUCUCUGUGCGGCCCCCUGUUGAGUCUGUUUUCGGUGCUCGUGCAGCUAUCUUCCGUCCAUACCCCAGGGGCGAUGCCUCUGAGGAGGAGAGGGAGCCAGAAGCAGCGAACGACCUUGUGCUUCCGGUCCCGCGCGAGAUUGACGAGCUGCACGAGGAGGGCGACGGGGUGGAGGACGAUCCCAAGACAGAGCCGGCACGCGAGGAGGCCCCACAGGAGGAUGAUGAGUACAGAGACGACGAGGACAGUGAGGAGGAGGAGAGCGACAGCGGGGAGGACGACAACUACGAUGACGACGGCGAGCCCUCCCCUCCAACGCGGCGUGGUUCCGGUAGACGAGGAGAGGGGGUUAAGGCGACAAGACGACGUGGUUCGAGUAGACGACAUGACAACGUCGACGACCCGUCCCCUCCAGGGCGGCGGGAGACGAGGGGAUGAGGGUCAUCCGUUGUGACCGCGGCGGGGCGAGGGAGCGUUUCAUCGA